AUGGCAAAACGUGCGGAGACGACACCAGUUCGCAGCGAAAGCGACAAUGACUCGGGUGGCCAACAACAGUCCGAGCAGAAAGAAGGCGGAGGAGGAUUAAAGAGUUAUUUUCGUGUGUUCAAGUAUGCCGAUGGAUUGAGCUGGACUCUGAACAGCGGAGCCUUUCUUGCGGCGAUAGCGGCCGGGACGCUGCUCCCAUUGAUGGAUUUGAUAUUUGGCAAAUUCGUCACCACAUUCACAAACUUUGCCAUUGGAACUCUUAACCCUGCAGCCUUUCGUUCAGAAAUCAAUAAGUUUACCCUGUACUUUAUAUAUCUGUUCGUUGCAAAGUUCUCCCUCACCUACAUUCAUACAGUUGCGAUCUCGGUCUCCGCCAUUCGAACAACCAAAGCUCUCCGCAUCGACUUCCUGCAAGCCACGCUGCGGCAGAACAUAGCUUUCUUCGACUCGGCAGAUGUGGGAUCAACAUCGGUCCAAGUGACCACCAACGGAAACCUUGUUAGCCAGGGCAUCUCCGAAAAGCUCACGCUUACAGUACAGGGCCUCUCAACCUUCAUAUCGGCCUUCGUCGUUGCAUUUGCAGUACAAUGGAAGCUCGCGUUCAUCACCGUCAGCAUCGUACCGACCAUACUCAUCGUCACCAGCAUCUGCAUUGUGAUCGACACGAAGCAGGAAGCCCAAAUGCUCCCUAUCUACUCAAAGGCCGGACUUCUCGCCGAAGAGGUGUUCUCGAGCAUGCGAACUGUCCACGCAUUCUGGUUGCAGCCAACGCUGUCUAAACGAUACGAUGCGUUACUCGGAGACGCCAUGAAAGUGGGCAUGAAGAAAUCUCCAAACUACGCGGUGCUUUUCUCCACCGAGUUCUUCUGCGUCUUCUCCGGAUACGGCUUGGCUUUCUGGCAAGGCAUCAGGAUGUAUGCCAGUGGCGAAAUCGCAGAGUCGGGGGACGUUGUCACUGUCAUCUUUGCAGUCGUUGUCGCCGCGACAGCCAUGACUUCCAUCGCUCCGCAAAUUCUCCAGGUUACCAAGGCAUCUUCAGCAGCCGAGGAACUCUUCAGAACCAUCGACAGACCUUCCGAGAUCGAUGCCAUGUCGGAGGCUGGGAAGGUACCGGACGCAUCAAUUGGCGACAUAGAAGCACGUGAUGUCCACUUCGCGUACCCAAUCAGGCCGGGUGUCAAAGUGUUGCAAGGCUUGACGCUUAGCAUUCCGGCGAGGAAGACGACUGCUUUAGUUGGUGCCAGCGGAUCUGGGAAGAGCACGAUUAUCGGCUUGUUGGAGCGAUGGUAUGAUCCCGCCGAUGGGAGCUUGUACCUGGAUGGAAUCAAUCUCAAGGAUCUAAACGUCCGGUGGCUACGGACCAAUAUUCGACUUGUACAGCAGGAGCCCGUGCUUUUCAAUGGGACGGUUUUCGACAAUGUUGCCUUCGGCCUUCUCGGCACCGACAAAGCAAGGCUACCCGCUGCUGAGCAACGGUCAUUAGUAGAACGGGCAUGCAAAUCUGCGUACGCCGAUGAGUUCAUUGAACAUCUUCCCAAGAAAUACGAUACACAGAUUGGCGAACGAGCGAUAAUGCUCUCAGGCGGACAAAAGCAAAGGCUAGCAAUUGCUCGCAGCAUCAUCUCGGACCCAAAGGUCCUCCUACUCGAUGAAGCCACCAGCGCACUUGACCCAAAAUCAGAGAGAAUUGUUCAACAGGCCCUCGACAAUGUCUCCACGGAUCGAACAACCGUUGUGAUCGCGCACAAGUUGUCGACCGUGCGUAACGCUGACAACAUUGCCGUCAUGUCACAGGGUACCAUCAUUGAGCAGGGUACUCAUGACGAACUGAUUGCGGCAGGCGGUGCCUAUGCUAGGCUUGUCAUGGCACAAGACCUGGGUCACGCUGAUAGCGACCAAAGAGACUCUGAGAAGGAACAAGUCGACCGCAGGCUCUCUCUCGUUCGAACACAAACAGGGACGAGAUCAAUACAAGCCGGGGAGAAACCAACCGCGGGAAAAGAGGGGAGCCUGAAUUACAGUCUCAUCCGCUGUCUUUGGAUCCUUCUGGGCGAGCAGAAGCACUUGUGGCGUCUAUUCCUUAUUCUUGCCAUUGCCUGUAUCUUCGGAGGCCUUACCUUUCCUGCUCAAGCGAUACUGUUCUCCCGGACGAUGACCGCUUUCCAGCUCCAAGGUCCCGAGAGAGUACGGCAAGGCGAUUUCUACUCCCUCAUGUUCUUUGUAGUCGCCCUCGCAAAUCUUGUCGUAUACGCCGCCGUGGGCUGGGUGAGCAAUAUCAUCGCCCAGGUCGUGAUUCGCGUGUACCGGCUGGAAAUGUUCGACAACGCCCUCCGCCAGGACAUGGACUUCUUUGACAGAGAAGAAAACGCAACGGGCGCCUUGGCCUCCCGCUUGUCGACGUACCCGACAAACCUUCAAGAGCUCCUGGGAUUCAAUAUCAUGCUUAUCCUCAUCAACGUUGUGAACGUCCUCUCCAGCUCUGUUCUCGCGCUCAUCGUUGGAUGGAAGCUGGGGUUAGUGGUCGUAUUUGGCGCACUUCCACCCAUGCUCUUCUGCGGAUACCUUCGGAUCCGCCUUGAGUUUAAACUCGACGACGCAACGGCGGAACGGUUUGCAAGCAGUGCGGCUCUUGCCACCGAAGCAGUCUCAGCAAUUCGAACGGUUGCAUCGCUUACUCUCGAGAAACACAUCCUUGAAAGAUAUCAUGACAAACUCCGAGGAGUCGCGCGGCGUUCUAUGAAAGCGCUCAUCUGGACGAUGUUCUGGUACGCUUGGACGCAGUCCAUCUCCUUCCUGGCGAUGGCUCUCGGUUUCUGGUACGGCGGCCGCCUCAUCUCUACCGGUGAAUACUCCACCUCGCAAUUCUUCAUCGUCUUCAUUGGCGUCAUCUUCUCCGGCGAGGCAGCUGCAGCUUUCUUCUCCUACACAACUAGCAUAACCAAAGCACAAAGCGCCGCGAAUCACAUCCUCUGGUUUCGCACGCUCAUCCCUUCCAUACGGGAAGACCAAUCUCAAAGCCCGCCUGGCGAAAAGGACAGUGACAGUGGCAGCGGACCGGCGCAUGUCGAAUGCGAAGACCUCGAAUUUUCGUACGCGUCACGUCCCAACACAAAAGUGCUCCAAGGCGUAAGUAUAGACGUGAAAGCAGGCGCCUUUGCCGCGCUUGUUGGGCCCUCUGGCUGUGGCAAAAGCACUAUGAUCGCCCUUCUCGAACGCUUCUACGAUCCUGCCUCCGGCUGUAUCAGAUUCGAUGGCGCCGAUAUUAAGGACCUGUGUCCGCGUCGCUAUCGCCGCAACGUCGCGCUCGUGCAGCAGGAGCCUGUCCUCUAUCAGGGGAGUAUCAGGGACAACGUUGCCAUGGGUCUCGCCACUGAGGCCGAGGGUGCGGUGGGCGAUGACAAGGUCGAAGAAGCUUGCAAGCAGGCGAACAUCUACGAGUUUGUGUCCAGUCUCCCCGACGGUUUCAAUACCUUGUGCGGAUCAAGAGGGACUCAACUCUCCGGCGGACAACGCCAACGCGUCGCGAUCGCGCGGGCGCUCAUCCGGUCACCGCGCCUGUUGCUUCUUGACGAGGCGACGUCGGCGCUCGACACCGAAUCAGAGAAGGUGGUCCAGGCGGCGCUGGAGAAAGCGCAGAGCGGGCGAACGACGGUUGCGGUCGCGCAUCGGUUGAGCACGGUCAAGGAUGCGGAUGUUAUCAUGGUUUUUUCGAAGGGGAGGAUUGUGGAAAGCGGGACGCAUGUGCAGCUUUUGGCGAAGAGAGGCGUGUACUAUGAAAUGUGUCUGGGCCAGAGUUUGGAUCGGGAUCCUGUGUGA